CGCCCAGAUCCCUUGCUGUUGCACCUCUACGUCAGCCUUGCACUCCCACGAACCAGCCUUGCUCUACACCAACCCUGCUCUCUGCGCCCAGAUCCCAUGCCUUUUGCGCCCAGAUCACCUGCAAUCAUACCCCCUGGACACCGGCAAUCAUGCCCUUGCAUGCCUCCUACACCCCCCUCUCUUCUACACCGUGCCCCUGCCCUUGCCGCCUACGCCCCUGUUGCUGCUACUGCACUCUGCGCCCCAAUCCCGCGCCUUUGCCUUACGCACGCUACGCUACAGCCAUGCCCCUGCCUCACCUACAGAAAAAAACAGCGCAUACUCUCAUAACUCAAAAUUUUUUAAAUUUUAUUUUUAUUUUAGAUUUUAUCUUAAUUAAUAGGUUAAAACCCC